CUUCGCAAUCCGACGGCCCUGAUCUCAUUGCAAUAUAAGCUGAACAUUUCCCACCCAUAACAGCCGCCUCCGCCCGAGCAAACCCUAACCCUAGCACGCGCGCAGAGCUUCUUCGGCGCCAUGGGAGCGUACAAGUACGUGUCGGAGCUAUGGAGAAAGAAGCAGUCGGACGUGAUGCGGUUCCUGCAGCGGGUUCGCUGCUGGGAGUACCGCCAGCUCCCCUCCAUCGUCCGCGUCACCCGCCCCACCCGCCCCGACAAGGCUCGCCGCCUCGGUUACAAGGCCAAGCAGGGAUAUGUGAUUUAUCGCGUUCGUGUCAGACGUGGAGGCAGAAAGAGACCAGUCCCAAAGGGUAUUGUUUAUGGGAAGCCUAAGAACCAAGGUAUUACACAACUGAAGUUCCAAAGAAACAAGAGGUCGGUAGCUGAGGAGAGAGCUGGUCGUAAGUUGGGAGGUCUGAGGGUUCUUAACUCUUACUGGAUUAAUGAGGAUUCAACUUAUAAAUAUUUUGAGGUUAUCCUUGUUGAUGCGGCUCACAAUGCAGUUCGCAAUGACCCCAGGAUCAACUGGAUCUGCAAGGGCGUUCACAAGCAUCGUGAACUUCGUGGACUCACUUCUGCUGGCAAGAAAUACCGUGGCCUCCGCGGCAAAGGCCACCUGCAUCACAAGGCCAGGCCAUCACGUAGGGCAACCUGGAAGAGGAACCAGACAUUGUCCCUCCGUCGAUAUCGUUAAGAUUAUAUACUUGGCUGCUAUUUUCUGGAUUGUAUACUUGGCUGCUAUUUUCUGGACUACAUUUUGAUCAAAAGUUGGUAGUUUUUUUUAGCAUCAAUUUUGUGAAGUUUGUUUCAAGCUGCUGUUUAAGAUUUGGACUUCACUCAACUGUUGGAAGUUUCAGAAAUUUACUCUAAUAGUAGUUAGUUGGUGUCGCUUGAUGCAUUGUUGUGGUUGUGCAUUGCUGAAAUCGUACAUUUGAUUCAUUGUAAUUUUGUGUUUGAGUGGGUUCUGUUGCCAUCAGAGACCUGUAUUUAGGAAUUAUAUUUACAUAAUUUUUGGA